AUGAAAAUCAACUGGUUUUUACUGUCCAGCCGGUUUAAUAGCUCACUAGCUGUGUUUGCAUUUAUUGCACGGAAACUUGUCGAGUCAUACGUUUUUAGUUUUCAAAAAUUGGAAAUGCUUUCAAAACUCCAAAAUGUUUUUGCACUUGGAGCAGACACUCAGCUAGCAAAGAUGGAGACUGAACACAAUAGUAAUAACCAAGUAACAAAUGAAGAGGAGAAGAUGACCAAUACACAUAAGAAGUUCCUGCUCAUAGCGAAUGUUGCAAUGCUGGCAAUAGGCAAUUGUGGAGGUCCACUGAUCCAACGUCUUUACUUCUUAAAAGGCGGUAAGGGUGUCUGGUUUUCGUGCUUUCUGCAAACAGCCGGCUGGCCAUUUUUCAUAAUCCCCCUAUCGGUUUCAUACAUUUAUCGCCGAGCCAAGAAUGGUGAUCGAACCAAGUCGUAUUAUAUAACUCCUCGUCUCUUUAUAGCUUGUGCUGUCAUUGGUGUUCUUACGGGAUUGGAUGAUUUUCUUGCCGCCUAUGGUGUUUCGCUUCUUCCGGUCUCAACUUCUGCUCUUAUAAUUGCUACACAACUUGGAUUUACGGCUGCGUUUGCUUACAUUUUAGUAAAACAAAAGUUCACUCCUUUUACUGUUAAUGCGAUUUUCUUGUUGUCAAUUGGAGCUGUUGUUCUUGUGCUUCAUGCUAGUUCUGACCGCCCGGCUCACGAAACCAGCGGACAGUACUUCUUAGGGUUUUUCAUGACUCUUGGUGCUUCGAUUCUUUACGGGUUUGUGUUACCGUUGAUCGAGUUGACGUAUAAGAAAGCAAAGCAGACAAUUACGUAUACUCUAGUUAUGGAGAUGCAGAUGAUAAUAUCUCUCUUCGCCACCGCAUUCUGCAGCAUCGGAAUGCUUCUGCAUAACGAUUUCCAGGCGAUUCCGAGAGAGGCGAGCGAGUUCGAGCUUGGAAAAGCGAAGUAUUAUAUAGUGAUAAUAUGUAAUGCUGUAUUUUGGCAAUUCUUCUUCAUGGGAGCAGUUGGAGUUGUGUUCUGUGGUUCUUCGUUGCUGUCUGGUAUUAUAAUUGCGACUCUGCUGCCGUUGACGGAGACUUUAGCAGUGUUGUUCUAUCAUGAAAGUUUGAGAGUUGAGAAAGGGAUUUCUCUUGUUUUAUCUCUCUGGGGAUUCAUGUUUUACUUCUAUGGUGAGCUUCAGCAGAACAAGAAAAAGAAUCAAACUUUAGAACUAGCCGUUUAAUUGUGCAGCCUGUAAAUAUUUGGCUUAGCAUCUUGCAAGCUAACUUCAAUAGCAACAAGAAACAUGUUAAAUAUUGAGAUCAGUGA